AUGGCGGGCAACACCGCUACAGGGGAUGUCACUGCCAGUGCCAGUGGCAGUGAUGGGCAGCUCAAACUGCUAAGCCUGGAUGGCGGCGGUGUGCGCGGUCUCUCAAGCCUCCUGAUCCUGAAGAAGAUCAUGCGAGAAGUCGGCGCGGCAAUGAAUCCUCCUCGGGAACAGCUGAAGCCCUGCGAGUAUUUCGACCUCAUCGGCGGCACCAGCACGGGCGGGAUAAUAGCCAUCAUGCUGGGCCGGCUGCGCAUGUCGGUGGAUGAAUGCAUCCAUGAAUACGAGAGACUGAGCAAGGCUGUCUUUGGCCAGCGGAAAAAGGGCAGCCCUGAGAUCUUCAGUGCCACGGCGCUCGAGGAGGCGAUCCAGUCGGUGAUCCGAAGAAAACUGGGCCAUCACGCCGAGCACGACCCGCUCCUGGAUCCUUUCCAGUUGCAAAGCCGCAACAACAACAACAACAACAACAACAACAACCAUCACGGUGAAAAGGGUAAAGUGAUCGUCUUCUCCAUCCGGCAAGCCCAUGCAAAUACAGUUCAAGCUCAAGGUUUCCGCAGCUAUCCCGUCACGUUCGACGAGGGCCAUCCCUGUACUAUAUGGCAGGCGGCCCGGGUGACGUCGGCCGCGUCGACCUUUUUCAAGCCCGUCGAAGUAGCUGGCGUCCAUUGGUGUGACGCUGCCUUGGGCUUCAACAAUCCCACCAAGCUAGUCCUGGCCGAAGCAGCUCGGUUGUGGAGCGACCAGCGCCGGCACUUUGACGAGAACAAGAUCGGCGUCCUGCUGAGUAUUGGCACGGGAGAAUCUAAAAUCAUCUCCUUGGGCAAACGACAUGGCUCGUUGCUCGGGGAAAGCGUUCAUGACCUAUCUCGCCGACUGGGCGUUGACUUUAGAGUGCUCGAGGCAUUGAAGACUAUUACCACGGGCACGAACCAGACCGCUUUUGAGAUGAAGGGCGACAUGAGGCAGAGGAAAGUCCGUAACAACUGGGCCAGUGACCGCUAUUUCCGCUUCAAUGUCGACCGCGGUCUUGAAGAGGUUGCCCUGUUUGAGUAUGAAAAGAUCGAAGAGAUGAAGGCUAACACCAGUGAAUACUUCCUGACCCAUGACGAGGAAUUCAAUACUUGCAGUUCAUAUCUCGCCAGUCUGGCGGACGGCCGAGGCUUACAACCAGAUCGUCAAUUGGAACUCUUGCACUCGCCGGCUGCCCCUACCGCUGUCGUCUCCCUGGCAGAAUUCGGCUUGACAGCAGACAUAUAUGCCGAGCGUGAGACGAUGCUACGAAGGAAAAAAGAACUAGAAGAUACCCUACGAGACGGCUCUGCAUGGCCUACCUUGGUGAUUGCCGACAUCUUUCAUACCGAAAGUCUGGAGAGGUGGGAUUCCGCCGAGCGAGCGUUCCGCGACGAGCAGGGAAAAACGCCUUUACCGGACCUCCUCCAUCGGCUGGUGCAACAGAGAAUCAAGAGUUUCGAAGCCUUGGUGCGUGCCAAAGAUUUCUACGAACUCGUGCUGGCCAGGCAAGAGAGGGUGUUGCCACCAGGAAGCCUGGGUCAAGCAUGGGUGGCUCAUCGGCUCGGUCGAGCUUAUCGCGAACUUGGCCGGCCCGCCAUCGCCUGGAAAUAUCAUAAAGACGCCCUGGCUUCUUUCAAGUACCACUUGGGGCCUACGAAUCACAAGACGGAAACUUGUGCAUUUGCCGUCACACAGCUAGAACAGCUUUUGUGUGAGGAACCAGCAGCUAAGGUGGCCGAGUCGCCGGAUGGGCUGACUGGCCGCUUCAGACGCCUGUGGGCAGCCUAA